AUGAUCCCGGGAGCGGGGCCGGUGCCGCAGGCGCUGCUGGGGACGCUGCUCACCUGGGGGCUGACGGCGGCGGGCUCGGCGCUGGUGUUCGUCUUCUCCAGCGGGCAGAGGCGGAUCCUCGAUGGGAGCCUGGGCUUCGCCGCAGGGGUGAUGCUGGCAGCGUCCUACUGGUCCCUGCUGGCCCCGGCCAUCGAGCUGGCCGAGGAAUCCGGGGCCUUUGGGGCCUUCUCCUUCUUCCCGGUGGCCGCGGGCUUUGCCCUGGGGGCAGCGUUCGUGUACGGGGCCGACNGAAUGAUCCCAGUGCUGGGGUUCCCUGGCCCUUCCCACGCCGCCGUGGCCCUGAGCUGGGAGCAGCGAGCCGUCAAGGAGAAGCAGGAGCAGGAGCCCGGCCGGGACCUGGGGAACGAGCUGGCCAUCAGGAUAGGUAGAGCUGGGCUCCAGCCAGACAAGGCUGAGAAUGGGGAGCCCUACCAGAGGAGGAGGGCAGCGGGGUCCCCACUGUCCGAGGGCCCCCCGACAUUCCUGGCACCCCGGGACGGAGCCCCCCAGGCCGGGAGCAGCAGCUGGAGGAGGAUAAUGCUGAUGAUCCUGGCUAUCACCAUCCACAACAUCCCAGAGGGCCUGGCAGUGGGAGUUGGAUUCGGGGCCAUUGGGAAAUCCGAGUCUGCCACGUUCCAAAGUGCCAGGAACUUGGCCAUUGGCAUUGGGGUGCAGAACUUCCCUGAGGGCCUGGCUGUCAGCCUGCCUCUCCGUGGCGCUGGAUUUUCCACGUGGAAAGCCUUCUGGUACGGGCAGCUGAGCGGGAUGGUGGAGCCCCUGGCCGGGGUCCUGGGCGCCUUCGCCGUGGUGCUGGCGGAGCCGCUGCUGCCCUACGCGCUGGGGUUCGCUGCUGGAGCCAUGGUCUACGUGGUGAUGGACGACAUCAUUCCCGAGGCACAGACCAGCGGCAACGGCAAGUUGGCAUCCUGGACCUCCAUCCUGGGCUUUGUGGUGAUGAUGUCCCUGGAUGUGGGGCUGGGAUAGGGCAGGGCUGCCUUCCCAGAGGAGACAGCAGAGCCCCGCGCGCCGCGGGAUCGGCAGCCGGACACGCCUCAGCCCGGGACUGGAUCUGUACAUAGAUUUUUGGGAUCUGGUUUGGUGUUGAUUUCCUCUGAUUUUGUAUCUCCCCCUCCCCUCCGAGUUCCUGGCGACGGUUUCCAAACACAAAUAUGGGUGGGUCCUCCCAGAUCCUGGUUUGGUUUUCCUCUUGGAUGACUUGGGCUGGUUUCUCCAAGGAAAGGCAUUUGGGAUUUUGAUUCUCUCUGUCCUGUCAGAGGUUGGGAAUUCCCUCUCCCGUGUGGAGGCUGGUCUGGGGUUAAGCACUGAGGCCUUGAAAUGGAGUAAGCUCCUUAUGGAGUAUGGAAUUCCACCCUUUUUUGGGAAGGCUGAAGGCAUUAGGACUGUGAUAAGCCAUGGGAUCACAGGUCUUCCACAUCCUGCUGCUCCUCGGGAACGCUGCAGGGAGUUGGUUUGGAUGGAUGGAGAUGGUCGAGGCAAAUAAAGAUGAAUUUUCGUGGGAUCUCUGCAAGAGGGAAAUGUCAUUUUUCCCCAAAUGUAUCUCAGAGGGGUACCGCUCCGAUAUCCAGGGUUUUCUAUGGGAAAAACACCAGGAAAGGAGGAUUUGAAUCUUUCCCAUGCAAUUCCAUGUGGAGCUGUCUGGCCUUCCCAAGGGAUUCUGGAUUUCAGCUGCUGCUUCCAGUGAUCAGAAGUCCCUGAAGAGCUGAGCCAGGCUUGUCCUGCUCACCCUGCAGCUGCAGGGAGAGCGGAGCCCAGCCAGCACCGGAGCGCUCCGGGAUGGAUGAAUGACUGAACAAAUCCCUCAGCAUGGAUUAAUUAUCCCACCUGGAGAGCCAGAGCUGUGCAUGGAGGUCCCUGCCUCUUCUCCUGAUGCUUCCCAAGCAUUUCUUGUGGAAUGGCUCUUCCCGAGCGCCGAGGAUUGAUGCAGGCUGGGGAGGGAAUCCUGCCCAUCCCUGUGCUCCAGGGAGGAGGGAGCUGCCAGGCUUGGAAGGAUGCUGCAAAUCCCAGCACAAAGGGCUUCCCCAAACCCUCCCGUGGGAAUAACUGGAUCACCUGGCUGCCUCUGCUGCUCAGUCCCUCUGGAAGUGGGGCUGGGAUGUCCCAGAUCCGCCUUCGGUCCCACCGGAGCCAAAGGGAACAGGCUGGAAUAAACUGGGCUCUCCAUUUGGUUUGGUCCCUGUUUUUUGGAUGGGUUUCCUUUGUGUGUCCCUCUGGAUGAUCCAAAGCUCCUGUUUGCUGAUGGAUUUGACCUUUUAACUGUGAUUGCUUUCAAUAAAUGGGAAAUGGAGUUUGCA